AAUUGUAACUUUUUAUUUUUAGGUAUUAUUAUGGGAUCUGCUGAUAUAAUAGCACAAACUUUGAUUGAAAAGAGGAAAUUUAAAGGGAUAGAAUGGAAUAGAUGUGCUCGUUACGCAAGCAUUGGUUUAUUCAUCGGGCCAACAGUAGGAAUUUGGUAUCGUGUCCUUGUGAAUAUCAAUUUGGCUCAGGAGGAGUAAAAAUUCUGUUUAAGAAGAUUGCCUGUGAUCAACUGUUAUUUGCACCAUUUUUCCUCGUUGUAGGAUGCUUGAUGUGUACUAUUGACACGCUGAAGGGCAAAUCCGUGCAGGAAACAAAGGAAGAUUUGAAAAAUAACUAUCCAGAAAUUCUCCUUUCAAACUACAAGGUGUGGCCAUUUGUUCAGGUCGUCAACUCUACUUUGUCCCUCUUCACUUCCGUGUCUUGUUCGUGCAGAUGAUAUCAGUAUUGUGGUGGAACACAU